AUGCCGAGCCCAUCUAAAUACCAGGUUCUGGAUAUCCCCACGGACACCGACGAAACCUGGGACGCGGAUGACGAGGACUCUUCAGAUACUGCUUUCGACUCCAGCUCAGAGACUGCUUGCGAUCCGUUUGACUUUGUACCACUGUCAAUUGCACUGGGAUCGCAACAUGAAACCCGCCGCUUAUUUCGUUUCACGGUCCGCCGUGAAGAAUAUAGGUCUCUAAGCGCGACGGGUACGUAUGAUGGUUGGAUUGAUGUCUCUCACUUUCUCUGGACCAUGUGCGCUACACUCGCAGAUUCAGGUGUCGAUUGGGAAUGGACUGCGGCAUUCGAGAAAUGGCGACCCCAGUCGAAGAAAGUCCAGGCGCAAGUGAAGACAUUCGGAUAUACUCAAUUUUCUUCUGAGAUCCCUCCUGCGCCGGUUGGUCUUGCUUUGGUCCAGUUCUUUGGGUCUCCAUCUGACAAGAAGGCUAGGGAGUUUGAGAUCGAGCAAGAGGGCCCGGAUUGUGUCUCUGGUUCUCAGGAUAUAUGGACCCUCUGGCGAUAUGUUAUUGAGACGCCUGCCAAUCAGAUCAAAGAGUUCCACGUUACCCUUAGAGAUACUGCGAGGCUCGUUGGCUCUCAGUAG